AUGGAUCCUUCAGAAUUUCCUUUUGAUAUUGAAGCUUACAAAAGACAGUCUGAAAUCGAAGAGAGGUAUAUCAUCAACCGGUUUAAGGAGCGACAAAACCAAAUAGAUGGAGGAUAUAUACAUCGUGUCAAGAGAAAAUAUCUCAACAGAUAUCAUACAGCGGCAAACCAAAGAUUAAUUGACGACUACUUUGCAGACCAACCUACAUACGACGAUGCAAUGUUUCGUCGGCGAUUUCGGAUGCGAAAACAUUUGUUCCUUCGGAUCGUUGGGGACCUAUCUAGCAGUGACAACUACUUCACCCAAAGAGUUGACGCAACUAAAAAAGAAGGUAUAUCUCCAUUAGCAAAAUGUACCACGGCCAUGCGAAUGUUAGCAUAUGGUGUGGCAGCUGAUGCGGUCGAUGAAUACAUCAAAAUAGGAGGUACUACAACAUUGGAGUGCUUGCAUAGAUUUUGUAAAGUAAUCAUACAAUUGUAUGAGCCAGUGUAUCUUAGAGCCCCAACUCAAUAUGACUUGCAAAGAAUACUGCAUGUUAGUGAAAUGCGGGGGUUGAAUGAUGCGGGGGUUGAAUGA